AUGGGGUAUUUAAACAUACUUGAGCCUAGAGGAGCCAAGCUUGCUCCAGGCACCGUAUUCCUGAAUCGCCCAGCCGCUUGUCAACAUGAGUCCACCGAGAGCCUAAAGCACGUUCCUGGGAAACAUGGCAACAUCAUUUUGGCACCGCAGCCCGAUGACGACCCCAACAACCCGCUGAAUUUCCCAUUGUACAAGAAACGCUUGAUGAUGGCGAUAACUUCACUGGGCGUCUGCCUUCACGGUGCCACCGUUAGCCCUCUUCUCAACGCCGGCUUGGUACAAAUCGCAGAAGAGCUUGACACAUCAGUAACAAACGUCGUCCAAGCAAGUGGCUAUCAGUUGCUCGUCGUGGCAUUAAUGGUUCUUUUCGUGAAUGCCUUCUCACGAAAAUGGGGCAAGCGCCCCACUUUCCUCCUUUCGUCUGUCAUCGGGAUUAUUGGCAGCGUGAUUGGGGCGACCGCUACGAAUUACAGUGGCCUUUUGGCGGCAAGAAUAGUUCAAGGGCUUGGCGUUGUUGCCUACGAAUCGCUUGCCCUACCCAUGAUUGGCGAUCUGUUUUUCGUGCACGAACGCGGUUUAUACAUUUCAAUAGUUAGUCUUUUGUUAGGAGGCGUAUCAAACUUCAGUUCAGUCAUUUGCGGUCCCAUUACCGUCCACUUGGGUUGGAAGUAUUUAUUCAAUCUCCUCAUUGUCUUCGAAGGUGUCCAUUUAUUAUUGCAAUUCCUAUAUGUGCCUGAAACCCAGCAUCGUCGUGCAACGCCAAUAAUGACCUCAAUAUCUUCUUCGCCUAAGGAGAGCGCCGUCGGCAUUGAGGAAAUCGAAACCCUUCGCCCUACAUUCUCACCAAAAAAGCCUUGGACUCAGGAGCUCCAUAUAUUUACAGGCACUUACACCUCAAACAAUUUCUUUCUUCUGCUCUGCGUACCACUGCUGGCUUGCCUCAAUCUAUCCGUUCUCUGGUCUAUCUUGAUCUCAGGAUACUUUCUCAGCUUGUACGUGGCCACGGCGUAUCUACUUUCCCAAAUUUUCACUGCGCCUCCAUACCUCCUUACCUCCAGCGGUGUGGGUUACCUUUUCCUGGGCCCGUUCAUCGGCGGAUUACUGGCUAGCGUGCUUGCUAGCAUCUUCAAUGACUCAAUUGCGCGAAAAUGCUCUCAAAGAAACAAUGGCUACUACGAACCAGAAUAUCGCCUUUUUCUAGGUGCCGGGGGUGCUCUGGCAGUUGUGGGCUUUGUCUCAUUUGGCUACGCUGUCCAAACUGAGCAAUCAUAUUAUUUGACAGCAUUUCUACAUGGCCUGGGCCUGUUCGGUAUAAUGUUUAUUCUGAUUGCUUCAGCCAGCUACGCACUUGACUCUUUCCGAUCAAUGGGUACUGAGAUUUUCUUGGCCUCUAUGGCCUUCAAAAACGCUAUUAUCUUCGGCUAUUCAUACUUUAUUAAUGACUGGGCAUUGCGUGCUGGGACGUUCCAGGUCAUGUGGGUUCUGUCCAGUGUUGCAGGCGGACUACUUUUGACAAUUCCCAUUGUGUUCUUUUUCGGCAAAAGAUAUCGAGCUCUUUGGGGCAGAAGUCAAAUUUUCAAGGUAUCUUCUCCUUUUUUUGAGGACGUGGAAGUUGAAGAGCAGCGAGCUACUCCAGAAUGA